GAGCAGCCGCGGGGCGGGGCCGCGCAGGCGCCAUGGACGCGGCGCGACGCAGGCGACUGUGAGUGCCCUGCGGCUCCUUGCGGGAGCGAUAGGGCUGUAGGCCGGCCCCGCGCUGCUUCCGGGCGUCUCCUGCUCGCCGGUACUGAGUCCGCGCCGGCGUGGUCUGUUGAGUUCCGAGCACCAGGGGUCGGUGCGGCUGCUCUUGGCUUUUGGGACGAGACGGAGGAGCUGGGUGUCGGCCUCGCGGGACGAUCCCCCGCUGACGUCGGGCAGCGUUGCGGGGAGGGAGGGCGCGCGGAGGCUUGCGGGGACCACCAGCGCUCCCGGACCCGCUCAGCGGUCCCUGCUUACAGGCGCCGCCCCGAGGAGCCUUGGCGGAGACCUAGCACGCCCCGAUGGCAUCCCAUGCAGAGUGCCGUCCUCUGGGAGUGUUUGAGUGUGAACUCUGUGCCUUGACAGCUCCCUAUAGCUACGUGGGGCGGAAGCCCCCCAACACCCAGUCGAUGCCUCCUGGAGGAAAGCUAUGUUAUGAAGGAUCCCUUCACCUCCGAGAAGGGCCGGUUCCUGGUCCUUGGCUCGCAUUGCAGUUUGUGCGGCAGACUGGUGUGUGUGGGCCCGGUGGGAGUGCAGUUUAUUCUACUCCAAGAGAUUCUGCCUCCCUUGUGUCCGGGAGAAUAUCAGUGCUUUUCCUCAGGAAAUUCGGCAAGACUUGGAGAAAAGGAAAGCUCUGUCCAAGAGGCCCCCUAGCCAGCCUGCUUCUCGGACGUGAGUGCAGCUGGGGCCGCGUCACUGGGGAGCACCCUGCACAAAGCUCCUGGGCCAGCCUGCGCCGGGGAUGCUGCCGAGCUGGAAGCCGCACGCCUGGCCUUGUGUUUUCACCACUGGGAGCAGCACUGCAGCCCAGAGGAGCUGCAGUCCAGCUUGGAGCGGCCACAGGCACAGGGAGUUGUGCCGAGAAGGUAGCCAAAAGGCAGGUGCCAGACCAGACACAGCCAGGAACCCGGCCAGGCAGCCCCACGCACCCCUCAGCACUGAGGCCUGAGUGAGUGCUGCUCAGAUGCGACUGUGAGGGACGACCUCCUUCAGCGGGGCAGCUCCUAAGAGGCCACCUGCAGGUGCAUGUGCAGGAAGAUGCCACGCCGUGUUGGGGCCAGGGCGCACUGUAGGUGGCUGUGAUGGUCUCUGUAAGGAAAAUCACUGACAGCAGCUGCCUCUGGAGCCAGCCUGGGAGGUCUAGAGGGUGACAGAAUUUUCCUUCAUAUCCUUAUGUGAUGCUUGUGAAAUGUUUUCAACCUUGACCAUGUAUUACAUUUAUAAUAAAAACCCAGCUAAUGUUUGGAAAAGGAAUCUUCUGCUGAAACAUCUGGAUACCCGACAUUCUCCCUGGGUACUCUGGGCCUGGCAAUGGCCGGGGUCUCCUGGGAAGGUGAGUGCUGGCUUCCAGCCUCUCCAGUUCCCUCAGGCUCUGGCUUCAGCUCAGGGCCCUCCAUUCUGUCUCCCACAGUCCCAAGUCAGGAAUGCUGUGAACUUCCUGUCCUCACGUCGCACCUCAAGACCAUCACGCUGCCUGCCUGCCUCCUGCCAUCUCGAACACAGUCCUGGGUGCCUGCAAAGCCCAGCCCACUGCCUACCUGGAGCUCCUGCAGCACCCACUCCUCCAGACUCCCCAUCUCCCUGGAGCUUCCAGGGUGGCAGUUGGCGGGACACUGAUCUGUGCGCUCUGGAAUGUCUGCUUCGAGUUCUGAGAGGCAGGAGCUGCUCUGUCGUAACUACUCCAGGCCAACUGUCAGGUGAUGAAGGGAUAAAUAAAGAGUUUUUGCUGA